CAACUGCGUUGCCCAAGAGUAAGAGAAGGACCCUCCACAGAAGAGCUGCUCUUCAGACAGGAGGAGUGUACCUGGCCUGCUGGGAAAAGAGUCCUUGAAAAAAACAAAUGGGAAACAUGGCUACAAGAAAAUUGGGAGGACUGCACGGAUUUGGGGGACCCUUAUCAAGUUGCAAAUUUUAACAGGAUUCUUAGAAGACUAAUUCGAGUUGAAAUCCUCUGGUUAGUGGACAAUUCACUGGUGGACUUAAGUGCCAUAAGAUUGCCAAGAUGCAGGGUUUUAAAUAUGAACAAAAACCAUCUCACAUCUUUCAAACAAUUGCCAAAGAUACCUCAGAUACAGCAUUUAUCCUUGGCCGAAAACCACAUUGAGUCUCUGACUGGGCUUUCAAGUUUAUGGUGCACUCCACUAGAAUCCCUUACGCUCAAGAGGAACCCUUGUGAGUUUCACCAAAAUUACCGGAAACGAGUGUUCUCCUGUUUGCCAAACUUAAAAAUGCUGGACGGAAUCCCGAAGCUACCAGAAGAUUCUUCACCACCAGAAGCCAAUAUUUUUUCAAAAAUGUGUAUUAUAUUAUAAUGCAAUUUGUAUAAAAAGAAAGAAAUCACUAUUGUUUUUAAAAACUCAUAAAUACAGGAGAUACAUACUAAAUAUUGUCA